GGCCUAGAGACAGGAGGUCCUAGGUUCAAAUCUGGCCUCAGACACUUCCUAGCUGUGUGACCCUGGGCAAGUCACUUGAUCCCCAUUGCCUAGUCCUUACCGUUCUUCUGCCUUGGAACCGAUACAUAGUAUUGAUUCCAAGAUGGGAGUUAAGGGUUUGAAAACAAAACAAAACAAAACCCAACAACAACCAAAGGGGGUCAAGGAGGAAAAGGGGAACAGGAAGAACAUUUCAGGCAUAGGAAAAGUCUAAGGAACAAUAAGUAUGUCAGUUUGGUAGGACCAUACAUAAGGGGGAAUCAUAUGUAAUUGACCUGAAAAGAUAGAUUGGAGCCAGAUUGUAAAAAAUGUUAAAGGUCAUAGGGACAGAGAACCACUCAGACUUUUUGAAGUGGCAUGUUCAGAUCUGAGUUUUAUGAAUACCACUUUGUGUGAAGGAUGGAUUGGAGAGGAGAAAGGCUGCAACGAUCUCUUACACCUUCCUCCCUACCCAUGUACUCUGCAAUCCAAUGAUACUGCCCUCGUUAUUUCUAGUACAUGGUAUUCUUUCUUCUGACUACAGGCAUUUUUACUGGUGGCCCCCCAUGCUUGGAUCUCUCUCCAUCAUCUCUGCCUCCUGGCUUCUCUCCAGUCUCAGCUAAAGUUCUACCUUCUGAGAACUGGUUUCAAAUAGCUGAACGAAUGGGAUUCCAGUGCCUAAAGAUUCAGAGCAAAGAUCCUCGUCUAGAUGGAAUAGAUUACCUCUCCGGGACUGAAAUUCCCUUGCACUAUAUCCUCAAGCUAGCAACUCAUGCCAUCCACCUGGUGAUCUUCUAUGAAAGAAGUGGCAACUACCUCUGGCAUGGACAGUUACGACUUAAAGGAUACUCAGACAGAAAGUUUGUUCCUUUUCGGAAGUUACAGUAUGGACAUUAUCCAGGAGCUUUUGACAGGCCAGAGUUACUACAAGUUUCUGUUGAUGGACUAGAAGUACAGAUUCCCAAGGACCUUAACUACUUUCUAGAGGAAGUGCCACACUCUAGGUUUAUUGAAUGUAGGUUCAAAGAAGCUCGAGCUUUCUUUCAGAAGUACCAUGAUGACAUCACCGUGGAGGCAAUGCUCUUUCGGAAGAAUGCAAAAAUAUUGUUACACCUGGCAGCUGCUACAUUAAAAGAUUUGGGAGUCCGAUUUUGGCUCAGCAGUGGAACCUGUCUUGGCUGGUAUCGACAGUGCAGUAUUAUUCCUCACAGUAAAGAUGUGGAUUUGGGAAUUUUUAUACAAGAUUAUACAUCAGAUAUAAUUACAGCUUUUCAGAAUGUAGGACUUUCACUAAAACACAAGUUUGGAAAGGUACAAGACAGUUUGGAACUAUCUUUCCAGGGAAAAGAUGAUGUGAAACUUGAUAUUUUUUUCUUCUAUGAAGAGACUGAUCACAUGUGGAAUGGAGGCACUCAGGCCAAAUCAGGAAAAAAAUUUAAAUACCUGUUCCCUAAAUUUAAACUCUGUUGGGCUGAGUUUGUGGAAAUAAAGGUCCGUGUGCCCUGUGAAACCAUCAACUACAUUGAGGCCAAUUAUGGCAAGACCUGGAUGAUUCCUGUGAAGACCUGGGACUGGAAGAGCUCUCCACCCAACGUGCAGCCCAAUGGGAUCUGGCCUCUUGCUGAAUGGGAUGAUGUUAUUCAACUAUACUAAGCCUUGGACUUAUUAAAUGGAAUAAUUCUCUUUGUCAAAGAAGUUCUUAAAUUCAGUUUUCUUAUGUUAUAAAAAUUACUGUUUUUUGGUCAAUUAUUCUCCCUUAAAUGGAAGGAUUUAAAAAAAAAAUUCCAAAAAUAUUUUUUAAAGCCACCCCAGAAAUCUAGCCAGCUGACUUGAUGUCUGUUUCUUAUUAUCUAAUCUGAUUUAUUCUUAAGGACUAAAGGAUUGGAGCUAGUGAUUAGGAAGUAAAGUUUUAAAGUAUAGAGACAGUAAUAAGCAUUAGGCAGCUAUGUCUCAGGAGCGAUGUGUAGUAGAGAAUUGAAGAGCUUGUUCCUAGCCUAGAAGAUUAGGCAACUUCCUAGAUGCCUAACCUCGUGUUUUUAUAACCAAAGGUCCAUGAGUGGUGACUAAUGUUAGUGAAGAUACUAUAGGAAUAUCACCCUUUCUGUUUCCCAGGUACUCAGCUACAAGAUACGAUCAAACCACUGACUUUGACUCAGAAAUAGGCACAUUAUACACAAAAACCAAUUUCCUUAGUUUCUUCUCUAACUUUAUAAAGAAAACGUGAUUAAUUUAUAGAAAUUAUCAUCCAUUGCUGAUCAUCCUCAAAUAAAAAUACUUUUAAUUUUUAAAGUACAUUUUUCCAUUUGGCUGUAAUUCUAUUUCUUAUAAUUCUGAGGUAUAAUUCAGUCAAAAUUGAAUGAAAAUAUAUCCAUCUAGUAGUAAAUCAGACCCUUUCUCUUCUAUCUUAGUUUAAUGAUUGUCUAGCAUUCAGUUAAAAUCUCUAGUUUCUGAAUUUAUUUCACAGACUCUCCUCCCCUUUAACCACUUUUAGAUCGUUUUCUAUUUGUCUAGCCAUAAAUUAUGGUAGAAUAUGAUUAUAUUUUAUCUGUUCUUUACUGACUUUCCAUAGGAACUUGCCACUUUUAUGUCAGUCAUCUAGAUGUUCAGAUCCCAAUUCCCUGAAUUCAUUGUGUCUCCCCAUGAUGCUCUGACAACUCUUCUUCAGUUCCCAGGAUGUCUCACUCAAUCUAUGUCCUGGAGCUACUGUCCUGAUUCAGAUCCAUAUUUAGCUAAGGCUUGAAAUGAUAUGAAAUUUUGAGGGCAGGACAUGUUCCUUUGCUUAGGUUGUUUUUAAUUAUCUAGAGUUUUUUGGUUGGUGAUACUGAUUUUUAAAUGCCAAAUCUAAACUAAUAUUCUAUUAGUACAUGUAGUCAAAAGCUUAUUAGUUCCAACUUGUAUUCUCAAACCAAUGUUUACUUUCCAUAUAUUAGCAUCAUUCCCUAACCUUUUUCUUCACAAAGAAUUCGUAGGUAGGUAGGUAAGUCGGAAACAGGAGAGGAGAAGAGAGAGAGAAGGAAAUUACACUGUGACAAACUAAGGGACAGAAUAUAAGACUGGGCUGAAAUCCCAAUUUAAUAGUAUUUUCCUAAUUAAGUAAGUCAGAAGUCAUCAUUCAAUUGGUGGUGUCUUUGGCAAAAGACCAACCCCAAAGUAGGGAACAUGGAUUUCGAGGAAGAGGCCCCUUUUUUCUUUGCUCGUAUUUAUUUUUAAGACUUUUUGCUGAGAUUAUUUUUGCUUCAUGAAACAUAGAUUGAUCAGACUACCCUAGUUGAAAGCUAAUUCUGUAGCUGUUUUCAUGGGAGCAUGGAGAGUGGUAAAUACUUUGUCAUUCCUAAUAUGAAAGAAUUUACAGUUUUAUGUACCUUUAAAAAGGAGUGGGUUGGGAGGAGCUUUAUACACUCUACAUGACUCAUUUAGAGGCAGAUUAAUAUUUAAUUACAUUUUCAUUUUCUGCAGACAGUCCCAUCACAACCAAAAGAUAAUAGUUCCAGUCGUACAGUGAAAUACCCUUCUGUCACUUCAGUGGACUGGUAUUUCCCUUAUUGAACUAUGUAAAAAGUGAAAUGUUGAAAUAAAGACACAUUUAUAUAUUCUGAACAAAGAAGGGUUAUUAACCAUGUGCAGAAUUCAGUGUUCAUUUACUAAUUAUUUCAUUUUGUUAUAAAGGUUGCAGAUAUUGUGUUGUAUUAAUGAAAUUGAUGUUUAUUUUACUGAAAACAUUGUGGUUUGGGACAGAAUUUUAAUAUAUGUUGUACUGGAUGCUAAAUAAAAAUUUUCCAAUAUCUUAAAA